AAUUUUUAUAUAUAUUCAAUAAAAAUCCAAGGGAGCUCCGUUGAAUCUGAAAGCGAAAUACUUUUUACUUGGCCAUGAAUCUGAAUAGGAGCUCCGUUGAAUCGGUGGCGGCUCAAAUCCAAGGGCUUUCCGGCGGCGAGUUAACUCAGCUCCACAACUACUUGAAACAGAUCGAUAACACGCUCCACUCCGACCCGACUCAGCUCACCGCUCUGCUCAAUGAACUUGAUCCCUCCAUACAUUCCCUUGGCUGCCUCUACGUUUUGGAGGCAUUGACAUCUGUGCCAGUUUCAAAAGAUCAAAUCAACGAGACUGUGCUCUCUAUAGCUAGGUUUAUUGAUGUCUGUGCUGCCGAGCAAAUUCGUUUAGCACCAGAAAAAUUUAUAUGUCUUUGUAAGCGGUUAAAGGAUCAAGUCAUGUUGCUGGCAGACCCCAUACGUGGUGUGGCUCCACUGUUGACAGCCAUACGCAAGCUGCGGUCAUCCACGGAACAAUUAACCACUUUGCAUUCUGAUUUUCUUCUUCUCUGUUUAUUGUCCAAGUGCUAUAAAACAGGCCUUUCCAUUUUGAAGGAAGAAAUAUUUGAGGUUGACCAGCCUCGUGACCUUUUCCUGUAUUGUUAUUAUGGGGGCAUGAUUUGCAUUGGACAAAAGAAGUUCAGCAACGCUUUGGAGCUCCUACACAAUGUUGUGACAGCCCCCAUGUCCAUUAUCAGUGCCAUAGCAGUUGAAGCAUACAAGAAGUACAUUCUGGUUUCUCUUAUUCAUCUUGGACGGUUCUCUACCAGUUUUCCCAAGUAUACUUCUUCGGCUGCUCAAAGAAAUCUUAAAAACUUUUGUCAGCCCUACCUUGAGCUGGUGAAUGUUUAUAGUACUGGAAAGGUUUCAGAGCUUGAGAUGUUCGUGCAGGCAAACAAGGACAAGUUUGCGAGUGACAAGAAUCUUGGACUGGUGAAGCAAGUUAUGGCUUCUAUGUAUAAACGCAAUAUUCAGAGGUUGACUCAGACUUACCUAACUCUCUCCCUUCAAGAUAUUGCUAAUAUCGUUCAACUGAGAAGCCCCAAGGAAGCAGAGAUGCAUGUUCUUCAGAUGAUUCAACAGGGUGAGAUUUAUGCGGCGAUUAACCAGAAGGAUGGGAUGGUUAGAUUUCUCGAGGAUCCUGAACAGUACAAAACCUGUGGAAUGAUUGAACGCAUUGACUCCUCGAUCCAACGAAUUAUGAUGCUCUCGAAGAAGCUAACUUCUAUGAAUGAAGCUAUGUCAUGCGACCCUUCUUACCUGGGGAAGAUUGGAAGGGAGCGCCAGAGACUUGAUUUCGAAGAUUUUGACACAGUACCUUCAAAAUUUAAUAUAUGAGCCCCGUAAAACUUGAUUUUGAGGAUUUUGAUUGUGGAAUGAUGUGGACAAAUGGGUUUGAAUAGGGAAAGAUGGAGUCGGUUAACUUUUGGUCGAUACAGAGUUGAUGUGGUUAUGUUCUUGUUCGAUAGAGCUAAUGCAAGCAUUUUUCUCGUCCCUUUUCUUUUGGCCGGCUGGCUGAGUUUAUUAAUGGCUUUUGUAAAGCUCAAGUUAUGAUUGCUUUUAAAAAAUGUGAUAUAGUUAGCUGUUAGUGGU